AUGUCGCGAUCAAACGAUCCAGGCCACUUCUUUCAGACAACAUCAUCUCUCAGUGAAUUGGCUCGUAAAGCUGAGAAGUCGAAAAAUACCAAGGGCAACCCCGUCAAACUCCCCUCGAAGAUCCUCGCUGUCGCCGCGGACCCUGAGAAUGAGGGGCAAGUCUAUAUUGCCGAAGCCGCCGGGACCGCUGGUAAAACGAUUGCGACUUUUUCAGGCCCUACCGCACCAUUGACCUCUCUUGCCAUUUCCCCCACGUCGGGCACCAUCUUAGCAGGGUGUUGGGAUAAGUCUAUAUGGUCUUGGUCGAUCAGCACACGGAAACUCGCACGGCGGUUUCAAGGGCAUGGCGACUUUGUAAAAGCGGUUCUGGUCCUCCAGCUACAAGGCAAGGAAACCUUGAUCUCGGGCUCAGCAGACGCGAGCAUCAUUGUCUGGGAUGUGGUGACAGGGAAUAGACUGCACACGCUUAAAGGGCACACACGCGGCAUACUAGUGAUGGCUGUUGAUCCGAUUGAAUAUCAACCCAGUAAAGAAUCUGUCAUACUCUUCAGCGCGGGGAGUGAUAAGGAAAUCCGUCGCUGGACUAUUGGUAUCUCAUCUGCAUCACAGAUUGAAGCAACAUCCGACGCACCUUCCUCCAUUGUUACACAUGAAACGAGCAUUGAUUCUAUUUACUUCGACUCUGAUGGAGACUUAUGGACGGCCUCCGCAGAUAAGACUGCAAAAUGCCUGUCUCGGACUCGGCAUUGGGAAGAAGACACUCAAUUGGUCCACCCUGACUUUGUACGAGACGUUGUUGUUGAUGAUGAAGGCGGUUGGGUUGUCACGGCAUGCAGAGAUGAAGAAGUGCGAGUAUGGGAUAAGAGUAGCGGGAAGUUACAUCAUGUCUUCUCGGGGCACUUUGAGGAGGUCACUGGGCUUCUACUGCUGCCAAACAGGAAGGUCGUCAGUGUUAGCAUUGACGCCACAAUCAGGCAGUGGAGCUUGAAGACAUCAGAUCUAGCAAAGGCGAUCAAGGAAGCGGAAGAAGAGAGAUUGGGGGAAGAGAAGGAGAGGCAGCCUGAGACCAAGGAGAGCUUGUUAACAGAGGAAGAAGAGAGGGAGUUGGCUGAGUUGAUGGAAGAUGGCGAGUAG